AUGUCUCUUCGUGCUAUCGUGCGCAGUCUUCUACUGGCACCUCUCGCUAUCGCGUUACCUGUUCCCGGACACAAUGAUGAGAAGCCAGCAGCAUUCUUCCUAGCCGGCGAUUCCACUACAGCUGUGCAAUCCACUGGCGGUGGCGGAUGGGGAGAUGGCUUCCUGCGGACGCUCAAGAGUCCCGCUUUUGGUGUAAACAAAGGCCACAAUGGCGCAACAACUGUGUCUUUCGUAAAAGGUGGCGAUUGGGCCCAGGUCCUCAAUCUCGUCAAAAACGCGACGGAUAACUACAACGUUUAUGUUACGAUCCAAUUCGGACAUAAUGACCAAAAACCCGCCAACAACGUCAGCAUCCCACAGUUCAAAACCAACCUAGCCUCUCUCGCCUCAGAUGUCCAAUCCCUCGGUGCCACCCCUCUCCUAUUCACCUCCCUCUCCCGCCGCAACUUCAACGGCAACGAACUCAUCCAGGAUCUCGGCGACGUGGUGAACGCCACGCGGGAAGUCGCAGCCGCCUCUCACAUAAAGCUCAUCGACCUCAACGCCGCAUCGCGCAAGUACGUACAAGCAAUCGGCUCCGCUGACGCGGAUAAGUACAACCUAGUUGAAGGCGAUCGGACGCAUCUUAAUACGCACGGCAGCGAUGUGUUUGGUCGCAUAGUUGCGGAUUUGCUUCUCGGGAGCGACAGGAGUCUGGGUAGGUGGAUUGGCAGGAACGUUACGCUUAGCCAUUUGAUUGCAGAGGGGGUCUACGCCUGA